AUGGCGCCAGCAGCAACAGACAUGUCCUUCGCCGCCCACGCGGCAAACCAGUUCUCGUCCUACGAAAAGGACCGCCAGAUGUCCUCCACCGAGGCCAUCUACACCACCAGCAACGGUGUCCCCAUGCCCCAUCCCUACGAGUCCCAGCGCUGCGGGGAGAACGGGCCACUCCUGCUCCAGGACUUUCACCUCAUCGACCUCCUCUCGCACUUUGACCGCGAGCGCAUUCCCGAGCGCGUCGUCCACGCCAAGGGAAGCGGUGCUCACGGCUUCUUUGAGUGUACGGAUCCUAUCCCCGAUCUGUGCCUUGCGGAUCUGUUCUCGGAGAAGGGAAAGAAGUGUCCCGUCACGGCGCGCUUCUCCACGGUCGGCGGCGAAUCGGGCUCUCAUGAUCUAGCAAGAGAUCCCCGUGGAUUCUCGGUCAAGUUCAGAACCGAUGAGGGUAACUGGGAUGCCGUCUUCAACAACACGCCCGUCUUCUUCCUGCGCGACCCAGCCAAGUUCCCUCACUUUAUCCACACGCAGAAGCGCGAUGUGUCAACCCACCUGACACACGCCGACGACUCCUUCAUGUUCUGGGACUACCUCUCCCAGAACCCCGAGUCGAUUCACCAAGUCAUGAUCCUCAUGGGCGACCGCGGCAUCCCGGACGGCUACCGCUUUAUGCACGGCUACUCUGGCCACACUCUCAAGCUCGUCAACAAGGAUGGUGACUGGGUCUACUUCCAGAUCCACAUGAAGUCGAUGCAGGGCGUCAAGUUUAUUACUCAGGAAGAAUCGACAAAGUACUCUCCCGACUACUCCCAGAAGGACCUCUACGAAGCCAUCCAGCGAGGCGACUACCCCAAGUGGUCCGUCGAGAUUCAGACCAUGACCCCCAAGGAGGCCGAGGAGCUAUGGGAGAAGCAAAAGAUCAACGUCUUUGAUCUCACCCACGUCUGGCCGCAGAAGCAGUUCCCUCGUCGCAAGGUUGGCGAGUUCACACUCAACGAGAAUGCCGUCAACUACUUUGCCGAGAUUGAGCAGGUCGCCUUUAACCCUUCGCACAUGCCUCCAGGUAUCGAGCCGUCUGCGGACCCCGUCCUACAGUCUCGUCUCUUUUCCUAUCCUGAUACACACCGUCACCGCAUUGGUGUCAACUAUCAGCAGCUGCCGGUCAACGCCCCUCGAACCACCUUCAAGCAGGGCAACUUCCAGCGCGACGGUCAAAUGGCCUUCUUCAACCAAGGCGCCCGCCCCAACUACCUCUCCUCGAUCGACCCCAUCCAGUUCCGCCAACGAACCGUGGACAUGGACAAGACACACGGCCACUUCACCGGCGAAGCCAUCACCUUCCUGAGCGAGAUCCGCCCAGAAGACUUCAACGCGCCACGCGCCCUGUGGCAGCGUGUGUUUGACGAGCCCGCCAGGGAGCGUUUCAUCAGCAACGUGACGGGUAAGAUGGCCCUUUGUAAGCAGCAGGAGCCUCUCAAGAGGCAGAUCGCCAUCUUCCGUGAGGUCGACCCUGAUAUUGCGGAGCGGCUGGAGAAGUCGACGGGUAUCAAGGGAUACGACAGCAUUGCCAAUAUGCGCUUCAACGGAACGCACAACGGUAUGGCCAAGGACGACAAGAACAGACUCGCAAAUAGCAUCAUCUCUAACAAGGGCCGGAGCGUUUGUGAUAACAACGGAGGUCCAAAGAAGGGUAUGCACAAGGGCAUGGCCAACAACGGUGUCAACGGUAAGUAA